AUCAUGAAGGGCUGCGUUUUUAACAUUGACAACGGCUAUUUGGAAGGACUGUGCCGUGGCUUUAAAUGUGGGAUCCUGAAACAAUCCGAUUAUUUGAAUUUGGUCCAGUGUGAAACUCUUGAAGAUUUAAAACUACACUUGCAAGGCACUGACUAUGGAACCUUUUUGGCCAACGAACCUUCACCUUUGUCAGUAUCAACCAUUGAUUCGAGACUUCGAGAAAAACUUGUAAUCGAGUUCCAGCAUAUGCGUAACCAAGCAGUAGAGCCUCUCUCAACAUUUAUGGACUUCAUUACCUACAGUUACAUGAUUGAUAACAUAAUUUUGCUUAUUACAGGAACUCUUCAUCAGAGACCAAUUGGUGAAUUAAUCCCUAAAUGUCACCCUCUAGGUAGCUUCGAGCAAAUGGAAGCCAUCCAUGUAGCUGCUACUCCAGCUGAGUUAUACAAUGCUGUAUUGGUUGACACACCUCUUGCCCCAUUUUUUGUUGAUUGCAUCAGUGAACAAGAUUUGGAUGAAAUGAAUAUUGAAAUCAUCAGAAAUACCUUAUACAAAGCUUACUUGGAAGCGUUUUAUACCUUUUGCAAGGACAUUGGAGGUACUACUGCCGAUAGCAUGUGUGAAAUUUUGGCUUUUGAGGCAGAUAGACGUGCUAUUAUCAUUACCAUUAACUCUUUUGGCACUGAAUUAAGCAAAGAUGACCGUUCUAAGUUGUACCCUCGCUGUGGAAGACUCAACCCCGAUGGUUUGGCUGCUUUAGUGAGAGCUGAGGACUACGACCAAGUUAAAGCAGUUGCUGAAUACUACGCUGAAUAUUCAAAACUGUUUGAAGGAGCUGGCAACAACCCGGGCGACAAAACAUUGGAGGAUAAAUUCUUUGAAUAUGAAGUACGUCUUAACAUCAAUGCUUUCAUGCAACAAUUUCACUUUGGGGUAUUCUACUCUUACUUGAAGUUGAAGGAACAGGAAUGCAGAAAUAUUGUCUGGAUUGCUGAAUGUGUAGCUCAAAAACACAGGGCCAAAAUCGACAACUACAUCCCAAUAUUCUAAAGGAAUUUCUUGUUUGCACUAUUAUUUGCAUUCCAUUUGGCUCAUUUAGUUCUUAGUAAAGAUAAAUGGAAUUAUCAAAAAAGUUUUUAUGAUUCAUAUGUACUAUUCCUAUAGACGUCGUUUUUUCAAUAUUGCAGUUAGUGCAAGGUUUUCGUUUCAAAUUUAUUACCAACUACAUCUUUCAAUGAUCCAGGAUUGUUAGAAAAUUAAAUACACAUUAAAUGUGUUGAUGUUUUAUUACAAUAUAAAAAAACCUGUAAAAAGAUCAAUAGGAAGACUGUAGCAGUUUAUUUAAAAAAAGCCAUAGAGUAUUAAUGUAUCAUACAAUAUGGAAUCAUAAAAUGACACCUUCAUAUCAAUUAUAUCACCAUUCAGAAAUUUGCUGUAACUAUCCUUUGUUUAUUAUAUUUUUUAAUGAUCGGUAUGUUUUUAAUAUUUUUUUAGUUUUCUGGAAAGAAUAUUGCACAAAUUCUUAGUUAUCUGAUUCAACAUGUGUUAAUGUAAUGUUAGACUCUGUUGAGUUAUAUCAUAAAUAUAAUUAUGUUUUCUGUGUAUAAAGCGUAGUUAAGCCAAAAUGUUAUUUCUGUUGUAUAUGUAAGAAUAAAUAAAAUUAUAUGUAUCU